CCGGGGAAACAGAGCGACUAAAGGGUUGCCUUGGAGUAAAUGGACAAGAAACCAGACCUUACGUUAUGUCAUUGUUGUUCAGAGAACCAUGUAGGGAUGCGGUAUGGGAAAAACAACAGAAAGCACCAGAAGACUUUUAUCUGAUCUCGGCCAUUUUAGAAAGAGGCGCGCGCCAGCAGGAGGUUGGGGUAAAACACCGCAUUUUUCAUCACAUUUGUUUUGCCCAGGUCAAAAUGCAGCAAUGAUGUGGCGACUCUUGGUCCUGGCUGCUGUCAUUCGAUGCGGUUCAUCUCAGUUGGAUAUCAUCGACAUCGGUGGUAUAUCUGGCGGAGGUGAGAGUUGUCCGUGGGAUUAUUGUCAGAAUUGGGGCCUGUGCUUGGCCGGUGAGGACGGCGCACCCGACACGUGCCAGUGUAUGUACGGCUACUCUGGACCGAACUGUGAAACACGGGACUGUCCUACACUGCGCAUCACGACGGCGGACGGACAGAGACCCGCGAGCGGUAACGACGUCACCCUCGGCCUCUACACGCGCGAGACAGAGAAGUUCAACGGGCGGGACCUCUACAAGAAGACCGACUGUUCUAACUGUUGGCUGUUCUACAUGGCAUUCGAGAACCUCUGGCUGCUUGGAAACACAGUAGGCUCUUUUCCUGCGAUGAUGGUGGCGGAAAACCCGCACAAAUAUCCUGAACAGAGCGCAGGGCCAUUCUACCUUUGGGGGAAUGGUGAAUGGACACAGGAGCCGCAACUUGAAAUAAGGUGCACCGCUGACCCGCCAUGUGGCCCGCCCUCCCCGUGUCAAAAUGGCGGCGUUUGCAUCGAACACUCCAACUACUGGUACCCCGAGCCGUACUACCUCUGCAACUGUCUGUCGGGAUUCUACGGGGCAAAUUGUGAAAACAAUACUGACGAGUGCGAAUCCCGUCCGUGCUUCAAUGGCGCCACGUGUGUGGACGGCGUCGACUCCUACACCUGCGAGUGUAUCUUCGGCACGAUCGGGACUCACUGCGAGCGAGUGUUGCCCUACUUUCGAGAACAGUUCCUCAUAUAUGAGGAAGAUCCAACUCCGGCUCCCACCGUGUGUUACGUGUGUGACUCGGCAAGUGACGACCACUGUGACGUGGCCCAGUACACGCUGCCGGAGGAGUUCCACAACACCACCAACACCACACAGGCCUGCAGCAGCGGGGCAUGCUGGAUUGUCCGGACGGCUGUCGGCGGCCAGUCUGUCUCCUACCAGCGUUCCUGUGCGUACAACAACAUGGAGUGUGACGACAUUCUCGCCCUGGAGAACUGUCAGGAAGAUGGAGACACCAAGGUGUGCUACCGGUGCUGUACCUCCGACCGGUGUAACAGCGCCCUGCUGACCGGUAACGCCGUGUUCGUGCUCCCUGACUCCGGGUCCGGCGGCGCUGCCUACAUCGGUCCGCCGCCGUGGCUGCUGCUGCUGCUGACCGCUGCCGUCCUGUCUGUCAUCCUCAACGGAUAGGACGGCAUCGGAGAUGGGUCAACAUCAGAGGUUGUCGCCACCUGUAGACCGAUCCUCAAGCCCCGCCCACUUCCGUCAAAAUAUAGAAAUGUCACUCUCUCAUUGGUCGAACCACUAAUUACCAUUCUUUCAUUUAUUUGACAGUUAAUUGCCAUUCUCUCAUUGGUUGAACUGCUAAUUUCCAUUAUCCUUAAGCCCCACUCACCUCCGUCAAAACAUAGAAAUGUAGCUCUCUCGUUGGUCAAACCACCAAUUGUCCUUCUUUCAUUGGUUGAACUGCUAAUUGCCGUGCUCUCAUUGGUUGAUCUGUUAAGUGCCUUUAUCUCAUGGAUUGAACUGCUGAAUGUUAUGGACAUUCUGGAUCGGUCUAUUCGGGUGGGCGUCGGAAAUCUUCGUAUACUGUCGGGAUCAACUGAAUUACAGUUGACAUUCUGUUGUGACGUGUGUUUGAGUGAUGUUUUUUUUUCCUCUGGCGUGCCUGAAAAGUGAAUGUCAAUCUUUUUGUGGCUUACCCAAUACACAAUCUCAAAUCAAAACUGAACGUGUGUGUGUGGAUGUGACCACUAUCUAGUAACACUGUCCGCUAUUUAACAGUUUAUAACUAUUUUACGUUAAAAACAAUGAUGUUUUCAUGUAAAUAUUGUGACGUAACCACAAGCAUUCGUGACGUUUACAUAUCCCGUGUACGUGGUUUGAAAUCACAAAAGGAUUUUGUCUAGCUAUUUGCGCCAGUUUUUAUGA